ACGCAGGCCGAAGCCCCGCCUACUACGGAAGGCGAAAGGGAGCCCCGUUUGCGGGCUCCUUCGGCCAAACCUUACCAAUCGGCGGCCCAGUACAGCCGGCAUUCUCCUCUAAAGAACACUUUUCUUCAUCAACUGGGGAUGAUUAAAAUUCUUCCUCACCAGACUUUCCUGCUUUUUUGUGGUUUGGAGGCUUCCUCCACCAACAAGUAUCUGACUGUUACUGGACAGUAAGCGUCUCAGCUUUUUAGAACCCAGUUCCGUCCCACUCUAGAGCCUCUACGGCAUCUGCAGCUGGAGGCCUGCAGUUAAUGACCGACAGUCAAUCAUUCUCUGUGGACGAAACAUCUGGCACAAACCUCACUGAGGAUGGCUGCUCUUUUUCUAAAGAGGUUAGCAUUUCAAACUGUAAGGACUGAGACUAGCUGCACUGCAAGAUGUCUGGGUAAACGCGUGGGACAAAAGACGUUGCCAGCCCCGCCGCACCAUGUCGCUUCUGCCCCCAGACCGUCCUGCCUCAUUCAUGCAAAAGCUUUUAGUACUGAGGACGCCCAGGAGGAAAGAAAAAAGAAGAAAAAGCAUGAGACGGCCUUCAGUAACGUCGGGAGAAAAAUCCACGAGCGCAUCAUCCACGUGCUGGACGAGCAGGGCAACGACCUGGGCCACGUGCACCGCGCCGACGUCAUCAGGCUCAUGGCCGAGCGGGACCUGCGGCUGGUGAGGAGGGACCCGGGCGCCGAGCCGCCACGGUACCAGCUCCUGACGGGCGCGCAGAUCCACCAGGAGCGGCUGCGCCUCCGAGAGGCCGAGCGGGCCGAGCCUAAGCCAGGACCCACCCUGACAAAGGAACUGAGUUUUUCUUCAAAUAUUGGACAGCAUGAUUUGGACACCAAGAGUAAACAGAUUCAGCAAUGGAUUGAGAAAAAAUACAAAGUUCAAAUUAUAAUAAAGAAAGGGAGGAAUGCAGAGGAGCCAGAAAACAAAAUGGAGGAGCUAUGCAACCAAAUCCUCCAGACUAUGCCUGGAAUAGCUACCUUCUCUUCCAGGCCACAGCUCAUCAGAGGGGGAAAGGCAAUGAUGUGUGUUCUUCGCCCCUUGAGCAGAAAGGAGGAAGCGAACAGAGCGGCACAGGGGCCCCCGAGAGGAGACCCGCUGAGCAGAGAAGAUGGGAACCACGGGGCCUCCGACGUGCUGCACCAGUGAUUUUAAUAAAAGCGUGCUUCUGAGGGGACCUAACUGAGCUGGCUGGUCUGUGGUCCUCCAAGCAGGGCAGUCCCGUGUUCAGCUGGGCUCAGCAUCCUGACGGCGGAGGGCACGUGGCACUCAGGGCCGUCCAGCGACUCCUUGCUUCUAGGCAAAGACACGCCCUGGUCCUGUUUCCUCUUCGGAGGGAUGUACCCGCUGAGACGAGAGGCCAGACUCCGUUUUUCACGAGAUGGCUUCACCUUUGGGGAUAAGGAAGACAUACAGUUGGCCCUCCGCAUCUGCAGGUUCAACCAACAGCUCAUCAAAAAUAUAAAAAAAAAAAAAGAAAAGGGAGUCCCCACUGUGGCUCAGCAGGUUAAGGACCCAACAUAGUCUUCAUGACGAUGCGGGUUUGAUCCCAGGCCUUGCUUAGUGGGUUAAGGAUCCCAUUUGCCACAAGCUGCAAUGUAGGUGACAGCUGCAGCUCCAAUUCGACGCCUGGCCCAGGAACUUCUCUAUGUCACAGGGGCGGCCGCAAAAAGAAAAAAAUUCAGGAAGUUUCAAAAAGCAGUUUGAAUUUGCCAUGUGCCAACAAUACUUCCACUGUAUUGGGUAUUGUAAGUAAUGCAGAGAUGGUAUGAGGUGUCUGGGAGGACAUGGGUAGGUUAUAUGCACAGAGAGCUGACACCUGAACAACUGGGGUUAGCACGUGACAUCUGCACAGUCAAAAAUUCUCAUGUAACUAUCUGAGCACCUGUGGGUUUUGCUACCCUGGAGGAUCCUAGAACCAGUUCCCCAUGGAUACCAAGGGAUGGUGGUAAUUUGAAUUCAAAAUUAAAACUGUCAGACUUGGGUACCUAUCAGGUACAUAACUACCAUAGUACAUACAACAAUACAGCUACUGCCGUGAAAUGGAAUGUGAAGUCCCGCAGUUCCUGGUGUGGCUCAGCGGGUUACCAACCUGAAUAGUUUCCAUGAGGAUGCAGGUUCGAGCCCUGGCCUUGCUCAGUGGGUUAAGGACGGGCAUUGCCGUGAUCCGUGGCGUAGGGUGCUGAUGUGGUUUGGAUUGGGCAUUGCUGUGGCUGUGGGGAGGCCAGCACCUGCACCUGCGAUUUGACCCCUAGCCUGGGAACUUCCAUAUGUCACAUGAGCAACCCUAAAAAGACAGAAAAGGAAAAAAAAAAAAAAAAACUUGAGGUCCACACAACUGCCUUUCAUAGUACAGAAUCACACAGUAAUUAGUAGCUGGAAAUAGGCUAAAAAGACUGCAUCUGGUUUAAGCCAUUUAUGUUUGAAGAUUAACUGCUAAGUGGUCUCAGCGUACCUUGAGCUUCAUCUUCUUCUUGUCGGGGUCGUGCACGACGGCGUGCCUGCUGAGACUCUGCUGCAGGGAGGGAGAAACAGCCAUGUGUGUGAACACUGCCGUCUGGUGUCUGUUACUGUGAAAACCCCCUGAGUUACUUGAAUAAACUGUCGGCCUUC